ACAACAUACGUAAACUAAGACAUAAUACAACCUAAAUAUAAUAAUAAUAACUUGAAAAUGAGUGCUGAAACUAAAGUAAAAUAUUUAUGGGACUGUGCUGCGGUUUUGGAGGCCGAAGGGCAUACGAGAAAAUUACUAAAAUCUUAUUUUAUGACAAACUGUCGCAAGCUUGCAAAAUCUAACAUUUCUAUGCCAAAAGAGAAGUUCUCACAGAACACAAUGUGCCCCCGUUGUUCAAGCAAAUGGAGUGAAACAAAUUAUAAGAUGUUUUUGAAGCCACAACAAAUUGCAUAUUCCACUAAAGCAAAGAAGCAAAUCGAGAAAUUACAUGAAGCAAAAACCAGCAUAGAAAAAAGAAGAGCACUAACUAGAAAACAGCGCAAGAGGGCCAAAUGGUUACAAAAGCGCGUUCUGAGCAGUGUGGUUAUUGAAUGCGAACUCUGCAAACAUAAGACCUCCAUAGAAAUGCAAAAACCGAGUAAGACAGGACGUGAUAGCGAAAAUACAGAAACUGCAGAUUUAGAGGAGACCGCUACUCCUGAAUCAAUUACACCGACACCAGUGGACGCAAAAAAGAAAAAGAAGAAAAAUAAGGAUAAAACAGCUGGACUGAAACUUGACAAAAGCAAAAACUUAACAAAAACUAAUAACAAAAUACAAGCUAAAACUAGUGUUAUUAAGCAAAAUGUUCCGGCAGCUACCAUAAAACCACUGCCAAGUAAUAAAGUUGUCACUAAGGUUAAUCCUUCAAAUAAAGUAACAACUAAAUCCACCACCAAUCUUAGCCAGCCACUCAAAACUAAAAAACGAAAGCAGAAAAAAGCUAAGACUACGAAUAUAGCAACAAAGCUGCUACAAUCUAAAACACAACAACAAAAUUCACUGCUACAACUGGCAGCUUUACUAAAAUCGCAAACAGCUACUAAAUCUGCCGCUAAUGCGACGCAGAAGAGAUUGGAAUCGUUACUUAAAUAGCACCAAACGCGUUUCCAAAAACAUAUAAGAAAUUUAUAAACAACAAACACAAACAAAAAAAAAAUUAUUAUGUAAAAAGUGUGUUCCAAAUAAAAUAUAAAUAAACAACACUAGCAAUAAUUUAUAUUAAAUAAAAACACAAAUAAUAAACAAGACGAGAAAAAAAAUUAACAGUGAUAUAAACACAGCCACGCCUCACCUCCCACAGAGCACCAACGAUCUAUGGCUUUAUUACGUGCAUAAAGUGAAAAGUGUACUAAAAAUAUACUAAAACCGAAUUAGCACAAAUACAGGCGUAGCAGGCGAGCGUACACACCCGAAAAUGGCUCGGAAAGAGCAACCGGCCGCUAAUGAUAUCGAGCAAUUUCUACGAGAUGUACGCGAACAUUUCCGCGCCUCACUCGAGACAUCCGAAUAUGAGAAUACCUCGAAUAUGUUUCAUGUGACUGAGGCGGACGCGACACUCAAACUCUUGAUACGCUGUGAGGUGCUCCUAGCGAACUACGCGCUAAAAGAUGCCAAUGCAACAACGCUCAAUAACAAUAAGUCCAUUAUUGUCAAUGGCAAAAUGGAGUCAAACGAAGUUUAUGAUAGAAUCAAUGGAGCUAAUAGGGUCAAUGACCCGUCAAUGCAAGCGCACCCAACACACACCGCUGUGAGCAACCAAGGCAAUAAUGCAACAAAGAACAUUACGAAGCAAACAGAGCGACCGCAUGAAGACGCCUCCUACUUGGAUAUGAGCGGAGGCGGUGGCGGCAAAACCUGUGGCAAAAAAUCAAACAGUUGGUACGAUGAGUGGAAUAGUGACAUGAAAAGUGAUAAAACGUUUCGUUGUUCGGAGCGUCUUAGCAACAAAACCAACAAUCAAGCGUACAGUGAUGACGACGUUGACGAAGAUGAGGAGGAUAGCGAUGCGAAUGAAGAUGAUAACAUAUCGCAAAAUUACGAUAUAUGCCAAGUUUCCAGCCAUGACAGAGACGAAAUGCAAAAGGCAAUAACACCAGAGCUCGAACCCAUGCAGGCCAUUGAUUGUCCGUAUAUGGAUUUACCAGCCGGACAUCUUUCCAUUGAGCGCGCCACCAAAUAUGGACAGCUGCAACGUGUCGAGAAACGUCUGUUCUUCGAUCAGUGUAAAAAAUACUACUGCGGUGUGCUUGACGAUUGGCUGCUGUGCUAUGCCGACGGGCCCACUGCAGCACAUCCAACGAUAACAUUGUAUUUAAAGCACAAUGGCGUCGAAAUCGAACACUAUGGCGAGGGUAAACGGCGUGAAGUGUGCUUUCAAAUAACAACCUCCGAUCCCAAUAAGAAAUUCCUCUUCCAAGCCAAUAGUGAAGUAGAUGCCAAAGAAUGGAUUAUCGCCGUCGAAGCGGCCAUACGUGGAGACACAUCACCGGCCAAUUUGAUAAGAAGUACAAGGAAACUGCCAACACCGCCCAUGGCCAAGAAAAUGACAUUUAUGAGUCACAUAAACAAUGCGCCAACGCAUGACUGCAUUUACGAAGAGCCCUCACCACUCUUUCAAACAGAAAAAACACCAAACAAGCUUAAACCUAAUUUACCAAGCAAGAAGGAUGCAACUGCGAAAGUCGAUUUGAUCAACGAACUGGAAUACGACAUACCCAAAUAUCCACCGCAACCUGUUAAAUCGGCCGACACAAGUCAAUCGGAGUUGGAAACUGCCGAAUUAUUGAAUUUAAACGAAAGCAGCGUACUCAGCACCGAGAAACUCGAGUUCCAGUCGAUCGUCAAGGAUGUGCAUAACAAGUUGUCUAGUCAGCUGUCAGCGGGCUCGACGCCGGAACGCUUAAAAAAGGCGCUCAUAAAAACUUACUCCGGCAGCAGUGCCAGCGAUGUGGAAGCUUUGGUAUUAACACCAACAUCACCGUCCACCGUGAAGGAGAACAAGAAACAACGCAAAUCCACAACACCAAAUGCCAGUCCACAGAAGAGUAACAACAGCACGCUUGGCAGUGCGAGCAACAACAACAGCAGCAAUACUGUUAUUGUUAACGAUCGUGUGGGUGUGAAAUGCUUUGAUAAAUGGUUCUUCAAUCGCAUGAAUAAGACAACAUCUUCGGGUCGCAGCACAAGCUCAUCAAGUUCAGCGCCAUCCUCGCCAGCCAAGUGCAAACAAAGUGAAAAGGAAAAUCUACUACAAAGCCUCGAUUCGCAUGAUGCAGUCGAUGGUAGCAUUAGUGGCGAUGGCUUACAUAACAAUAGCAGUAAUCCCUCAUCACCGAUACUGAAGAAUAACUUUUCGAGUUGUAGCGCCGGUGUCGACAGCACCAUGAAGAGCAAAGUCGAUCUGAUAAUCAAAGAGUUUGAGACGAGCGCACACAUGGGCAUGCUCACAAUGGAGACGUUGGCGGGCAGCGCUGUGGCCUCACUGAGUUCCUUCUGUGACAAAGAUUGUAAUAAUUAUGAGCCAAUAAUGACUGUGACAACGCCACCGAGCAGUUUCUUAAAGAAAAUAUAGCCGGCGUUGCCAGUAUUAAUUCGGAAAAGUCGUUACCGUAUGAGAGCGACGCUAGUUGGUGCAUCGUGUGAUAGGCACUCAAAUAAUUAAUGACUCUCUUUUGAUAAUAUUUAGCUAUGUAAGCGCUCUUGUAAAACUUUUAAUCGUGUUGGCAGUAAAAGUAUUCAUUAUUUUAUUAAAGAACUGUUUGGAAUAAAUAAUUUUUGUUAGUAUUAAUAUAAAAAUUGAUGGUGUUUCUUUUUAAGCGUUGUAAGCAAAAUUUGUUUAAAAUACCUAAAAUUAUAUAUUGGAUUACAUAUCUACUAUAUGACUGUUGCCGAGCUUAGACGAAGAUGUUAUUAAAUAUUUUCCGUUGUUUUUGAAUCUUUGGAAAGAAAUGGCGGUGACAUUUAUUAUAUUGCAAACUAAUUCGAAGUUUUGAAACCAGUUAUAACCAGUUAAGAACUAAAAAUUACGAAAACCAAAUCUAGAAUUUUAACAUCUAAAUUUUAUUUGUCUUAAAGUACACUUUAGGGUCCUUAAACUAUUAUUCAAUUGUUGGCAUAAUGAAAAAUAUUCCCUCGCCAUCCACUGUAGUGUCAAGGCGUUCGGCUCAGUCAGCUUCAGCACGAAAAACUGUAAACAUCACAUCGGGAAACAAUGGUACUCGGACACUAUCGAACAUAUGCCGUUGAAAUUUUAAAUCUUGUAGCUAAACACACAGCUACAGUUCUAUUAUUUAGUUAACAACGUACGAUUUUUUUGUUAUUAUUGC